AGCCCGCCGCAGCCAUGCUCCGUCAGGUGAGGAAACAGAAUCGAAGGGAAGCUUGGGAUGGCACAGAUGUGAACGCAUGUGGCUUUAGUGUGUGAGAAAGUUGAUCGUUAUCUCCUGCUUUCCCUCUCCCAAAGGCUCAAUCUUUGCUUGUUCAUUCUUGGGCUUGUUCUUCGUUUGAUGGGUGGAGUGGUCGAUGGCUAGUUAUGCGUCUAAUGCAGAGCUUGAUUCAGUGUUUCGCAAUGAUUGUCUGCAUAACUCUUUGAAAAUCUUGAUAUUUGUAAUUUUGAAUAAGAAUUUACUCUGCUCGAUUGAGUUCCCUUGUCGAUUGUGCAACAUUGACCAUUGAAUGUCCUUUACCUACGUCAACGCCGAUCAGACUUCAAUUAUGUAUUGUUAUGUAAAUGUGAUGAACAGUGCUGAUUAAGAAGUUUGAUACCCUUUGUGUUGAUUCUAGUGCUGUGGAAGUUGACAAGGAUGAGAAAUCUUAAAGUCGAUAUGAUCUUCGAUGUGGAAUCACUGGAUAUUCAAAUACUGAGACAAGAUGGCUUGCAGAUGCUUUGCGUUACCAACCUCCCUCCUUGCCUCUUCGACCACACCCCUCCUGGUGUUUUUGAUGGACAGGGCUCCGGACAUGACUUCUAUGGGACCAUGUGGAACCCUCCUUCUGGCUUCGUCUCCGGAAUGGAUGGUGACCGUGCAGGACACUUCAACUGUGACUACCGCCAGGCGUAAGCCAUCACAAGAAACAGAUCGAACUCUUUCUUUCGAAGAUGGGUGGUGGAAGUUGUUCAAGAAUUGUAAUUUUGUCGAUGGACAAUUGCUUGUGUGAAUGGUAAAGCUGAAAGCACCUUUG